CCACCCGCCGCCAUGACCCACUUCAACAAGGGCCCCUCUUACGGGCUCUCCGCCGAGGUCAAGAACAAGAUUGCUUUAAAAUAUGAUCCACAGAUAGAAGAAGAUCUCCGCAACUGGAUUGAAGAAGUUACUGGAAUGAGCAUUGGGGCAAAUUUCCAGCUGGGCAUGAAGGAUGGUAUCAUCCUAUGCGAGCUUAUCAACAAACUGCAGCCAGGAUCUAUAAAGAAAAUUAAUCAGUCCAAACUGAACUGGCAUCAGCUGGAGAACAUUGGGAAUUUUAUCAAGGCCAUACAACAAUAUGGCAUGAAACCACAUGAUAUUUUUGAAGCAAAUGAUCUCUUUGAGAAUGGAAAUAUGACUCAGGUUCAAACAUCACUGGUGGCACUAGCAGGUCUGGCAAAAACCAAAGGCUUUCAUACUACAAUUGAUAUUGGAGUAAAAUAUGCAGAAAAACAAGCAAGGAGUUUUGAUGCAGGGAAACUUAAGGCUGGGCAAAGUGUGAUUGGUUUACAGAUGGGAACCAACAAAUGUGCCAGCCAGGCAGGUAUGACUGCCUAUGGGACUAGAAGACAUCUCUAUGAUCCAAAGAUGCAAACUGAUAAACCGUUUGACCAGACAACCAUUAGUUUGCAGAUGGGUACUAACAAAGGAGCUAGUCAGGCAGGGAUGCUUGCACCAGGGACCAGGCGAGACAUUUAUGACCAAAAGCUCACAUUACAACCCAUGGACAACACUACAAUUUCACUACAAAUGGGCACCAACAAAGUUGCUUCGCAGAAGGGGAUGAGUGUGUAUGGGCUUGGACGACAAGUGUACGACCCUAAGUAUUGUGCUGCACCAAUAGAACCCAUUAUUCAUAAUGGAAGCCAAGGAACAGGAACUAAUGGGUCUGAAAUCAGCGAUAGUGAUUAUCAGGCUGAGUAUCCAGAUGAAUAUCACGGCGAAUACCAAGAUGACUAUCAGAGGGAUUACCAUGGUCAGUACAGUGACCAGGGCAUUGAUUAUUAGAGCUGCCUCAAGAAAAAAAGUUCAGUAUUAGUUUAUUAUUUUAUUCAGUAAAAACGAAACUAGCCUUGUGGAAUUGUUACCCAUCUUCUUUACACAUUAUGCUCAUGUACCUAAGGUAAUAUUGCCUUACAUAACAUUCCUUUUUCCUUUCUCUGCCCUUUCUUUCUCUAGUUGCCUUUAGUGCUGUAAACAGUUGCAGUCUACAGCAUAACCAAUAACUGCAUAUGAAGUAAAAAGGAAUACUGUGAAGGGGAGUUCUCUUAUACAGCCAAGUCUUUUAAUUAAAAAGAAAAACUAUGCAUUUUUUUACAAUCUUAUUCUGAAAUAGGCAUUUUGCAUAACAUAUCAAGCCUUGAUUU